UUUCGAAAGACAAUUUAAUGACACACAACUACCGUGGCCACCUGAUUCUGACGGAUUCAUAACACAGGCAGUGGCGCCUUGUGAAGAAGAUGGCGCGUCAAUGCCUUUGUAGGCUCCGGUGGCGCGUGGUUUUGUUACCAUUGUCGCUGUUUUUGGCAGUGGCUACUAUUGUGGUGGUCGGAGUUUUCGGGGUGGGUCCGUCGGUGAACCACCUCUGGCCGAAAACCAUCUCCGUCGUCGAAUUUUCAGAAACCGGCCGCAAAUUCCAGGCGCCGGAGGUUACUGCACACCUCGAGCGCUCGCAGGAGCGCCACCGUGCUGAUCAUUUUUCUAGCCGGGAAGCUCCGCCGGCGAAACACCUGCAGAUUCAAUCAGAAGAUGCAUCGGGGGAUUCGGGUCCGUAUCACAAUUGGGAGCUUUUCGCCGCUGAUUACGAAGAAAUGAUCAAAACCCUAAAGAUUUUCGUGUACCCAGACGUGUAUUUGAGCAAAUCUUCGCCUUUAGCCAGCGUGUUUCUUCCCCACCCGGACCCUUCAAAGCAGGGGAAUUACUUCAGCGAGCACAUGUUCAAGGCGGCGCUUCUCCGGAGCUCGGUCCAGACGCGGCGGCCUGAAGACGCGCAUUUCUUCUUCAUGCCCUUUUCCAUCAACGCAAUGCGCAACCGCCCCGACCUGCACUCCGCCGCCGCCAUUUCCGAUUUCGUCGCCGGAUACGCCGCCAGAAUCAGCUCGGAGUUCGAGUUCUGGAAUGCUUCCGGCGGCGCCGAUCACUUCUACGCCUACUGCCACUCCAUUGGCCGAACCGCCGCCUCUAAGCAUCGUCUCUUGAAUCACAACGCCAUCCAAGUCACUUGCUCCUCCAGCUACUUUCAGCGGAUGUACAUCUCCCACAAGGAUGUCGGGUUGUCGCAGGUUUGGCCUCGCCACCAAGAACAAAUCUUGAAUCCUCCUAAUGCUAGAUACAGGCUAGCAUUCUAUGCUGGGCGAGCGCAAAACUCACGCACAAGGCAAUGGCUGAUCGAUCUGUGGAAGAACGACUCUGCAUUCGACAUAUUCCCCGGGAGUUCUUCGUUUCCAUAUGCAGAAGGGUUCCGUAGAAGCAAAUAUUGCCUGCACGUUAAGGGGUACGAGGUGAACACCGCGAGGGUGAGUGAUGCUAUACACUAUGGGUGCAUCCCGGUUCUGAUCUCGAAUCACUACGAUCUCCCUUUCGCCAACGUAUUGGACUGGACAAAGUUCUCGGUGAUUCUCAACGAAGGAGACAUCCCCAUGUUGAAGAAGAUACUGCUAUCGAUUCCCGAGCAAACAUACCUCAACUUGUACAAGAAUGUUGGUAUAGUCCGAAAGCAUUUUGCAUGGCAUAUGACACCCAAGAAUUAUGAUUCUUUCUAUAUGACAGUGUACCAGUUGUGGCUCAGAAGGGGGCUCACCCGAGUAGCCUGGUGAUGAUGAUCAACAUGUCUAGUUACACCGAGUACUGCCAGGCCGGACACAAACAUUAGGUAUACUUGUUAGGAUCGUUGACACUAUAGAAAUUUCCUUUUCCUCAAUAAAUGGUUGAAAAAUAGAAUGAACUAGGUUCAACAAUAGAGUUUCAAGCACCACCAUUGUUAAAUAAAAGGCAAAAUUUCUUUGCC